UUUCCUCCAUGUUUUCCCUGUGUUUGAUCACUGUCUUAUUUUGUGCGUUAAUGGCCUGCCUCAACGACCACCCAAAUUUCAAGCACUACUGCAAGGUCUGCAAGAAGGGCUUCAUGUGUGGCCGCGCUCUCGGCGGCCACAUGCGCGCCCACGGCAUCGGCGACGAGAGCGGCAACCUCGAUGACGACGACACCGCCAGCGACUGGGAGGACAAAUUUGGUACCAACACUAGCAAGCGAAUGUACCAAUUGCGGACCAACCCUAAUCGCCUCAAGAGCUGCAAGACGUGCGAGAAUUGCGGGAAAGAAUUCCUGUCAUGGAAAUCCUUCCUUGAGCACGGCAACGGCAAAUGCACCUCUGACGAUGCCUCUGAGUCGCUCCCGUCGUCCGAGGACGGAGACGAGGACGGUGGGAGCAGGCGCGGCGGGGGAGCGUGGUCGAAGCGGAAGAGAUCGCUGAGGUCCCACACGACCACGAGCGAGGAGGACGAUAUCCUCCUCGCCACCUGUCUCAUGCAGCUGGCAAACACAGUGGUGGAUCUUGAGCCAGAGGAGUCAUGCGCCUCUGCCAGCAAGGAGGAGGAGAGGCGGAACAGCCGGGCCGCGGCACUGGCCAAAGGGGUAUCGAGCCCCAGGGGUGUGUUCGAAUGCAAGGCAUGCAAAAAAGUAUUCAAUUCCCACCAAGCAUUGGGAGGGCACAGAGCCAGCCACAAAAAGGUGAAAGGAUGUUUCGCUGCGAAACAAGACGAACCAGACGAGGUGGCAAACAACGAUCAGGAUUUCUUCCCAUCUUCAAAACCAUCGUUCCAAAUGGAGCAGCAGCAACAGCCUCUUGUGGGGGCGGCAAGGAGGAAGUCCAAGGUACACGAGUGCUCCAUCUGCCACCGCGUGUUCAACUCUGGACAGGCACUAGGAGGACACAAGCGAUGCCACUGGAUUAUCUCAAACACGUCAGCAGAAACAUCAUCAUUACCAAAGUUCCAGUUCCAAGAUCAGGCCGGCGUUGGCAUCCGUGCUGAUAAGCUAGACCUAAACGUGCCAGCGUGGGCCCAAGUGAGGCGGGAGCAGCUCAGCUUUGACGUGUCGACAGACAUGCGCCUCCAGCCAUGGAUCGGGAGUCAGAAGGAAGUUAGUUACGUUGACGAUGAAGCUGAUAGCAAGUUAAAGUUGGCCAAAUUGUGCGAUUUGAACGAUAAAAAUGUGGCUUCGUCUCAAUGGUUGCAGGUAGGGAUUGGCUCUACUGCAACUCAACUUCCUCCUCCUACUCCUUCUGCUCCAGAUGCUUACGAGAAACAGAGAUGCAAGCUGUGUUUCAGAAAAUUCGCGAACGGGAGAGCUCUAGGCGGCCACAUGAGAUCUCACAUGAUGAAGUUUUACGCAGAGGAUUCGCUGCUACCGUCGGAGUCAUCGAUCUCGGACACGACGCCGGAGGAACACGUGGCGCGCUGCCUGAUGAUGAUGUCGAGGGACACGUGGCACAGGAGAUAUGAUAAGGAAGACGAACAAGAGAAAGUAAUUGCCAAGAAUAAAUAUCGGUGCGAUGAAUGCAAGAAGCUGUUCCGGUCGUAUCAGGCGCUGGGCGGCCACAGAGCCAGCCACAAAAAGAUCAAAGUUGUUGGCGUUAAGAAUCACCAGUGCCCCUUCUGCCACAGGAUUUUCUCGUCGGGGCAAGCGCUCGGCGGCCACAAGAGAUCGCAUUUCCUCCAGAAUCCGUCUACAAUUUCUCAGGUUUUGAGCAUAGAUCUGAAUCUGCCGGCGCCCGUUGACGAGGAUGAAGGGACACAAAUCGCGAUUUCAAUUUUGAGGUAGAAACUAAAAUGGAUGUAGUAUGUUACUGUAAGUGUAACUACUAGCUGAAUUUUGCAUUAAUACAGACAUUUAUUUGGGCUAAUGUUGCUUGCAGUG